UUUAAUUUGAUGUAAUUAGUUAUUAUUGAUUAGAAUUAGAUAAUUGAUUCAUUGCUUGCCGCCUCAGUUUCAGUUCAUUGUCAUGAAUCGAUGAAAUACAGUGCUACCAAUAAUAGAUUAUAUAGUCUGACUUGGGAAGUUCAAAGUGAAGCAAGUUAUUGAUGGAAAGCAAGAGUACCUAUUUGGCAAAGCUACUUCAGUCGUGCAUUGCCAGCAAAGCUCUAUCAUCCGGCAAGGUUCUCCAUGCGAGAAUCCUCCGAGUGGGCCUUUUCUCCGACACUUUUCUCUCCAACAACCUCGUCCAAUUGUACUCCAACUGUGGUGACAUUGUCUCUGCACGUCAAGUGUUUGCUAAAAUGCCUCAAAAGAACAUCUUCUCUUGGAACGCCAUCUUGGCUGCCUACUGCAAAAACCGCAACUUGCAAGACGCGUGUUGUUUGUUCCUGGAAAUGCCUGAAAGGAACACCAUCUCGUUGAACACCAUGAUCAGUACAAUGCUACGUGCUGGCUAUGAACGACAAGCAUUGGAGACCUAUGAUUUGAUUAUGCUACAAGGUGUUAAACCUUCCCAUAUAACUUUUACUACUGUUUUUAGUGCUUGUGGUGCUCUUUUGGAUGCAGGAUGCGGUAGGAAAAAUCAUGGGGUUGUGAUCAAGCUUGGUCUUGACGGUAACAUUUAUGUAGUUAAUGCCCUUUUGUCCAUGUAUGCUAAGUGUGGCCUUUCUGGGGAUGUAAUUCGUGUCUUUGAUGACAUUGAUGAGCCUAAUGAGGUUACCUUUACUACAAUGAUGGGUGGAUUAGCACAGAUGAAUCAAGUCAAGGAAGCUUUGGAGAUGUUUAGGCUCAUGCUGCAAAAGGGGGUUCAUGUUGAUUCUGUAUCUUUGUCCAGUAUAUUGGGUGUGUGCGCAAAAGGAGGAUUUGAUGAAAGGGACAUUGGUCUAUGCAAUCAGAGUCAUGGAAAACAAGUGCACCUACUCUCAAUUAAACUGGGAUUGGAGGGAGACAUCCAUUUAAGCAACUCGAAGCUGGAUAUGUAUUCGAAAAUAGGGGACAUGGAUAGCGCUGAAAAAGUUUUCGCGAAUAUGAGUCGGCAUAGUGUUGUUUCUUGGAAUGUGAUGAUAGCUGGGUAUGGCAACAAAUGCAACAGUGAGAAAGCUGUGGAGUAUCUCCAGAGAAUGCAGUGUUGUGGAUAUGAACCGGAUGAUGUUACUUAUAUCAAUAUGCUAGCAGCAUGUGUCAAGUCUGGGGAUGUUAAAACCGGGCGUGAUAUAUUUGAUAGCAUGCCUUGCCCGAGUUUGAGUUCAUGGAAUGCUAUACUCUCAGCCUAUAGCCAGAAUGCAGAUCAUGAAGAGGCACUAAAAAUGUUUAGAAAAAUGCAAUUCCAAUAUCAGCUUCCUGAUCGAACUACAUUAGCAGUUAUUCUUAGUUCAUCUGCGGAACUGGGACUUCUUGAGGCUGGAAAACAGGUUCAUGCAGCCUCUCAGAAGUUCGGGUUCUACGAGGAUGAGUAUGUUUCAAGUGGUCUUAUCAAUGUGUAUUCAAAAUGCGGGAAAAUGGAGUCUUCAAAGAAUGUAUUUAAUAAGCUGCCCAAAGUAGAUGUUGUUUGUUGGAACUCAAUGAUAGCAGGGUUCUCAAUAAAUUCUCAGGACAAUGAAGCUUUCUCUUUCUUUAAGCAGAUGCGCCAAUGUGGCUUCUAUCCUUCAGAGUUUUCAUUUACUACCAUUGUGAGCUCUUGCGCAAAACUCUCUUCAUUGUCCCAGGGACGCCAGGUUCAUGCUCAGAUCAUAAAAGAUGGUUAUGAAGAUGACAUUUUUGUUGGCAGUUCUCUUAUAGAAAUGUAUUGUAAAUGUGGAAAUGUGGAUCAAGCCAGAUACUUUUUUGAUAUAAUGCCAAGUAAAAACAUUGUUACCUGGAACGAAAUGAUACAUGGUUAUGCACAGAAUGGAUAUGGUGACGAGGCUGUUUCCCUUUACAAGGACAUGAUCACAUCUGGUGAAAAACCCGAUGAUAUUACUUUUGUUGCCGUCUUAACUGGUUGUAGCCACUCUGCAUUGAUUGACGUAGGAGUUGAGAUAUUCAAUUCAAUUCAGCAAAGAUUUGGAGUGGUGCCAAAGUCAGAUCAUUACACUUGCAUCAUAGAUUGCCUCGGCCGAGCAGGGCGAUUCCAGGAAGUAGAAGUGAUCCUAGAUACUAUGCCAUGCAAGGAUGAUCCAGUUGUUUGGGAAGUGGUUUUAAGCUCAUGCCGCAUUCACACUAACUUGAGCUUAGCAAAAAGAGCAGCGGAGGAACUCUUCCGGUUGGACCCUCUGAAUUCGGCAUCUUACGUGCUUCUAGCAAACAUGUACUCUUCUUUGGGAAGAUGGGAGGAUGCAAGGGCUGUCAGGCAUCUAAUGAGUGAUAAUAGGGUCCGCAAGGAUCCUGGUUAUAGCUGGAGUGAGCACAAGAAUGAUAUUCAGAACAUUAUGGAAAACAAUCUGUAGACUAUAAUCUUCCAGCUGAUUGGCAACAAGUUCAAUUAAGAAUUAUGAUAUCACUGUGAUAGUGGAUGAAAAAUCAAUGCCAUCUUUACAUUAGAAAUCCUAUUCAUACAUGUAAAGCUCACUCAUUUUGUUGGCCUUGAAGUAGGAGGUGCCAGCACCUCACUUCAUAAUUGGGUGGUUCAUCACUCCAUGAGUUCUUCGCACUGCAAAUUCUUCAGAGGGUGAAAUUGGGUGCGGGCAUGUGGUUUGUGGUGCAGUUCUUUCCCAAUUUGGUGGCUUCUUUUUCAAUUGAUGCGUACAAACGGUGGGAGUGGAAGCAGUAAGCUUGCUUUGCAAGCUGCUUCUUGUCCUAUUAAUAGCAAAGUUCACUUAUGGGGUUGGUAACCAUAGUGAACCGAAACAUGAUAGAGACAUUGAUGGCAGCAAAGCGGCGUCUUUUCCAUGGCGGAAUGGGAUUCAAAGGUAUUCAUGGCCGCCUUCUUCCAUAAUUGCUCCAACCACCUCCGCUUUGCUCCCCAAUCUUAACAGUAGUGAUUAUAUAUACCGUUUACUAAUUUGAUGUGUCUAUUUAUAAAAUAUCGUCACGUAAAUAAUAACUUUUGGAGCGAAAUUUCACCUGUUUUGAUAGGAUUCGUGGUAAAUAGAGAGCAGUUGAUGAAGGUUAUAUAUAAACUCAAAAGAUAAUAAAUGCUUUACUAUCAAAAACUAUAUCAUUUCCAUGCUCAUGUGGUUGCAACGGUACACGCACCAUUGUAGAUAACGAAAUACAUUGACAAUUUCGUUUCAUUUUGCACUAUCUAAUGACAAAAAGACAUACAUGUUCACCAUUUACUAUCGUAGAGGACCUAAUUGAUACUUUUUUUCCUUUAAGGACUAAUUAGUCCGAGGUCGAAAUCCUUAUGGAUCUAAUUGUCACUUUACUCUAUGAAUAAUAUGUCGACAAUGACUUGCUUUGGUUGUUUAUUUGUAUUUGAGAUAGUUGUGUCAUUUUAUUUUAGUUUUUCGACAGAGAUUUAUGAACUUAGCUUUUAGUUUUUUAUCCAAAUUUAAGAGCUUAGUUUGUGCUCUCUGCUUUUCCUGUGAACAUUAUAACAUCAGGAGUAUCUUCCCAUUUGGACUUUCCCUCAUCUAGUUAUAAUUGGCAUUAUGGUUUGUGUUAUUAUGACCUGAAGUGUAUGAAUAUAAAAUUGAUUGAAUACAAAGCAAAUUCCGAACACCCCUUUAUGGGCCCUAUAUUUUGAUGUGCAUAUCUAUGUUUGUACUUUCCAACCUUUUGUGAUCCAAUCUCCCAAAUAAGUUUUGUUAUGCUAUUAUUAUUUACUCUGUGAUGUAUACCCCAUGAUUUAAAGGAAUGCAUUUUUAAAAAACCAAGUGCAAUGGAUGUGGAACAUAAGGGGAAAGCUAGACUGGUUGGAAAGCUAUGAUCAUAUAUAUGCUCAUAAAGUGGGGUAAUUUUUUUCCUAUGAAGCAGGAGCAGACAGCAUCCCCAUGACUUGGUUUGGCCAUGAGAAUUUCAGACCAUGGAAUUGGGGUGACCGCUUCCUUCUCUUGGUAAUUUUUUUUGGGCAUAAAUGCAGAUUCGGGUGUGCUUCUGAAGGCUUGUUCUGCAGCAACUUGAGUCAGUCAUAAGUUGUUUGAAUCUCUGAAGUUGUGGUGGCUUCUUUUUCAAUGGAUGAUUGGAUUUGGUGGAAAUUUAGGAGUUGGAAGCAGUGGAAUUGAUUGCUUGAUUCAACCCUUCUUUUUUGCUGUUGAGACUAAGUGGAAAUUCUAAUUUUCCAUUUUGAUAAUUAUUGUGUUUUCAGUUCUUGAUUAUUGAAUUUAACUACGAAAGUAGAUACAAGAGUUUAAUUUUUUGUUUAUGUUUUCUGUUUUGCAGCAACUUCAGAAGAUGAAACAUACAAAUUUUCAUGUGUAUGAUGAGGUAAAAGGAACGGAUUCAUGGGAUUUAAAGAUCUGGGAAAAAGGGAACUAGUGACAACAAUAUUACUAUGAUAUAUGUAUUUAAGUAGCUGGUUAUCCGGUCACAAUGUCAUAGCUUGAUUUUCAUAGUUAUCAUAGUAAUAUUGUUGUCAUAGUAAUAUUUUAAGAUUGUUCUAUAAUUAUUGUUUUCCCAGAUAACACUUUAGACAACAAGCAAAUAAAUCUGGUCAGGGUGUUGUGUUUUUGCUAAUUAUGAAUUAUGAAUUGGGUAAGGUAUUUGUGGCUUUAGGACUUUUUGGUUUGGAAUCAAUGCAAGAGGGUACAACAA